CAUACGUAUAAAUGAACUUGGUCCUCGACUCCCACUGCAACCCGUAGCAUUUCGUUUCUUUCACAAGACCGAUUCGUUCCGCCGCCGUGUUUUACUUCUACGAGGUGGUGUUAGCAACAAAGCAAGCAAGCAAGCAACUCGAUCGCGCUAGCAAGGCAGGUGAAGAAGACAUGGCAGACUACCACCGGGUCCAUCCGGUGAUCGCCGGCUCGCCGCCGGAGCAAACCAAGGACAAGAUACCACCCAGCGCUACCCAUGGCGAGCAAGUGCUUCCAAUCACGGCCCCGCCUCCCUACGCGCCGGCGCCCAUGCGCGCGCCGCGGCGGAAGAGGCACAGCCGGUGCUGCCGGUGCGUGUGUUGGACCCUGGUGGUGGCCAUCGUCCUCGUCGUCGCGCUCGGCGCCACCGCGGGGAUCCUCUACGCCGUGUUCAGGCCCAAGAUCCCCACCUUCAACGUGGACCGCCUGACCGUGACCCGGUUCGACGUGAACACCACCACCGCGGUCGUCACCGACGCCUUCGAGGUGCAGGUCACGGCCAACAACCCCAACCGCCGCAUUGGGGUGUACUACGACGGCGGCGAGGUCACGGCCUCCUUCAACGGCACCGAGCUCUGCAGCGGCGCCUUCCCCGCGCUGUACCAGGGCCACCGCACCACCGUGCGCCCCCUCAUCACGCUGCAGGGGCAGACGAGGCUCGACAGCGCCGUGGCCGCGCAGCUCGCGCAGCAGCAACAGGCUGGCUUCAUCCCGCUCACCGUGAACGCUCGCGUGCCCAUCAGGAUCAAGUUUGGUGUGAUCAAGCUGUGGAAGAUGACGGGGAAGGCGCGUUGCAACCUCGUUGUGGAUAGACUCCAGUCGGAGACGCGGCUCCGCAUCCGCUCCAACAACUGCAGCUUCAAGCUCAAGAUCUAGACAAUUUUUGAGUCGUUCGUAUAUGGAUAUCUGUCUAGGAUUACCGAGGUCACGUCCCCAUCUUUGUCGAUCUAUAUUCCUUGAGAUCGAUCGCCAGGUGUGGUAUAGAUGUGUAGAGCUGUGCAUUUAUUAUUUGUUUUGCCCGUACAUUCGUUAUUUUUGUAUUGCAAUAAGAUCCGAUAUUCCGAUA